CUGGAGAACUACCAAGAGCAGAAGAUACAAACAUGAUGAAGUUUGUGGUCCUGGCUCUUAUGGUUGUCGGAGCUUAUGGGUGUGGGCUGCCCACAUUCCCCCCCAUUGUAAAGAGGGUUGUCGGGGGUGAGGAUGCACGCCCCCACAGCUGGCCCUGGCAGAUCUCACUCCAGUACACCAGUAAUAGUGCCUGGUACCACACUUGCGGAGGCACCCUCAUCGCCAGUCAGUGGGUUUUGACUGCUGCUCACUGCAUCAGCAGCAGCAGGACUUACAGAGUUGCCAUGGGCAAACACAACCUGGCGGAGGUUGAAGACGGUUCUGUAGCCAUCGCUGCUGGGAAGAUUGUUGUUCAUGAGAAGUGGAGCUCCUUUUUCAUUCGCAAUGACAUUGCCCUGGUGAAGCUGGCUAACCCCAUUACCUUCAGCGACACCAUCUCACCUGCUUGUCUUCCGGCAGAAGGUUACAUCCUGCCCCACAAUGCCCCCUGCUAUGUCACUGGCUGGGGACGCACAAAGACUGGAGGUCCUCUUCCUGAUAUCCUGCAGCAGGCUCUGCUGCCCGUGGUUGAUCAUGCUACCUGCACUAAGACGGACUGGUGGGGCAGCCAAGUUAAGGAGACUAUGGUCUGUGCUGGAGGAGAUGGCAUCGUUUCUGGCUGCAACGGUGAUUCUGGUGGCCCCUUGAACUGCCAGAAUGCUGAUGGUGCCUGGGAGGUCCAUGGUAUUGUAAGCUUUGGGUCUGGCCUGAGCUGCAAUCUCGCCAAGAAGCCUACCGUCUUCACACGAGUGACUUCAUACAUCACCUGGAUCAACAGCACUAUUGCCAGCAAUUAAAGAUAUCUGGACAUGGACCUGACCACGUACAUACAAUAAAACAUCCAUUUGAAAAUG